CGGUGGAUUAGCGAGCCUGGGGAGAUGCGCUCGGCGGUGGAUUAGCGAGCCUGGGGGGACGCGCUCGGCGCCGCGCUCGGGGCUCGGGGGCGCGCUCGGGGGCGCGCUCGGGGGCGGUGGAUUAGCGAGCCUGGGGGGACGCGCUCGGGGGCGCGCUCGGGGCGGCCAUGAGGGCGGCGGGGCCGUGCGGGGAGUGCGGGGAGACGGGCACGGGCCGGUACCGGUGUCCGCGCUGUGCCAGCACAUACUGUUCCGUGCGGUGCUGCCGGACCCACCGCGAGCGCUGCGCGCCGCAUUCCAGCCAGGAGCGGGACAGGGAGCGGGGCAGGGAGAAGGGUCCCCCCGCGGCCCCGCCGAGCCCCGCACACGGCCCCUGGUCCCUGGAGGACAUCCUGGGCGAGGAGGAUGAGCAGGACCGCGUCCCGCUGCAGAAACUCAAGCUUUUAGGGGAAUCAGAAGAACUGAGGGCUUUGCUGCUGAACCCACACCUCCGGCAGCUGCUCCUCACCAUCGACCAGGCAGAAGACAAAAGCUCCCUCAUGAGGAGGUUCAUGCAGGAGCCCCUGUUUGUGGAGUUUGCAGAUUGCUGCCUGAGGAUUGUGGAGCCUCCCGAGAAGGAGAACAUCCUCCCCGAGUGAGCACCUUUUCCUUUCCUUGAGGUUCUGUGCUGCAGAGCUGCUCCAUUCUGUGUCUUUCCUCAGGGUCUGGUCACUUUGCCCCUGGAUUUCAGUGCUCUGAUUUCAAUUUGGAGUAGACAGAGAUUUUUAGAGACUUGGGGGUUGAACCUGACACUCUGCAGACCUGCUUUGUGUUGGUACAGAAAUAUUGGCAACCGUGGCAAAUGUUACUUCACAGUGACAAUAUUAAAUAUAUUUGCAUUUAUUUUAAUCGACAAA